AUGACGCUAGCCUCUCCUGAAGAGCUGCUAGAGGGGUACACGGACUUGGAACUGGCUCGUCACAUUGUAUCCUCGCCGUUGUGCGCGUCCAGCUCGCGGGUAUUCAAUCUCUCCUCGAAUUUCAUAGCCAAGCGAUAUGAGCCUUCAGAGGUCGAAGAUGCUUUAAAGGCUACCGAAGUCGCCAGCCAGCUUGGGAUCCGCUGUCCUUCCGUACGGAAGAUGAUCAAGACCCAAGGGAAUGCUUACACUAUUAUGGAUCGGAUGGAGGGAACUACGUUGGACGUCGUCUGGAAGGAACUGGGCUGGUUCAUGACAGUUAAGCUUGGUCUGCAGCUUCGCCGCUUCGUGAAAAUUCUCAGAUCUGUUACCUCACCAACUGCCGGAUCGCUCGCGACAGGCGAAUGCAGGUCUUUCUGGCUAGAAGAUCGCUACGGUCUUCCGGCGAAUUCUGGCCCAGCUGAAAUUGCCCACUUCUUCCGAUUCUGGGCGAACUUUACGUCUAUGAGGCGAGCGAUGCAAGCAUCAAAGCAGCCUCAAGCACCAGACUCACCAGAUUACACUGUGGGGGUGCCAAUGACCAUCGAGCCAUUCGUCUUAACUCAUCAUGAUCUUGCGCCACGCAACCUUUUACUUUCUCCUUCUGGUCAGCUUUCGCUCCUUGACUGGGAUUUGGCUGGGUUUUAUCCUGUUACCUUCGAGUACGCAUCCAUGUACAAUUUCAACAUUCCUCAGGACUGGGGUCUGAUGGCCCGUUUACGGUGGCAUCUAUUUACGUGGAUCGGCGUCGGCUAUCAUGAGGCUGACGCUCGCCUGCUACGAAAUAUGCGUUCUAAAUUCACACGAUUCUCCCACGGAAGGAGAUACGAACUGUUGGAAAAAGGUGGCCCCUCAAGAUACCCUGUAAACUGA